AUGUCUGCUACAACCACCAUAACCCAGACGGCCUCGACCAAUCCAAACCUGCACGGCUUUGGUCGGAUGCGCGUCGACGGGACCGAUCAGCAAUUCGGUGAUUUCCGUGACCAACUGACCCGUGAUGGCUUUGCCAUUGUCAAGGGCGCUAUUCCUCGUGAAAGGGCUCUGAAGUAUGCAGAUGAGAUGCAUUCGUGGUUGGAGAACUUCAAUCUAGGCUACGACCGCAACGAUCUCUCGACCGUCCACAAGGACAAUCUUCCCCUUAUCAACGAGAAGGGCAUGUGUCUCCAUUAUGGCCUCCCACACGAGAAAUUUGUGUGGGAUAUCCGAAGCGAGCCAGGAGUUGUCGCGGCUUUUGAGAAGAUCUACGACGAUGAAGACCUCAUUGUAUCUUUUGAUGCUAUCAACUUCCAAUUCCCCAACCGUACAGAUAUUGCACCCAACAAGCCUUGGCCUCACCAGGAUCAAGACCCGGAGAAGCAUGGCUUCCGUUGCAUGCAAGGCUUGGUAAAUACCCUACCCAACGGACCAGAGGAUGGAGGCUUGAUCGUCUGCCGAGGCGGCCACCUACUAUCCGAGCAGUUCCAUAAAGAGAUGGCCGAUGAAGAAAGGAUCCCAGCCUGGACACCCGAGUGGUACGGUUUCACCGAGCGAGGCCAGAAGUGGCUCGAAGACCACGGAUGCACUUGGGAGAAAGUGUGCGCUGAACCGGGUGAUCUCUUGCUCUGGGACUCACGCACGCCGCACUACAACCUAAGCCCGAAGAACGACCAGCCCCGCUUCGCGGUUUACACUUGCUUUAUGCCGGUCGCAGAUGCGUCGCAGGACGAUCUCUUGCGAAAGAAGGACGCCUUUGAUCGACGUGUUGGUACCACGCAUUGGCCUAAUGCAAAGCAUACUGGAUCCAAUGUUGCUCAGCGUGAUGGAAAAGAGGAUCCGCAUAAUCGCGCUGUGCCGGUCAAUGACCCAGUCCUGAGCGAGCGGGCCUUUAAGUUGACUGGCAUUCCAUACAUUAAGGAUCAGGACGAAGCGACUAUCAAGCAGACCACCGCGACAGCUUGA